CCCACCGGACUGUCCGAGUGGCGAAAGGAUAACUAUGCGCGGGACCGUCUUGCAGAUCGCCACGCACUCGAACGCGCUCCUGCCGAAGAUUUCAGCGAUCGUCGACGCGCUCGCGAUGGACGACGUCCUUCAGAAAGGUGACUCUCAACUCGGCCAGUGGUGCCUUACCGACUCCAACUGCUUGACGGAGAACUCGGGAUGUCUGGCCGAUAUAUGCGCCUGCAAGAUCGGAUUUGUUCUAUACGGGGACAGAUGCAUUCCAGAGCCUCGCCUCAGGGGCUUCCCAAAGAUGUACCUGAUGAGCAUCGGCUGCCUGCUGUCCAUACUCAUCUUUUCCAUGUCCCUGUGCUUCCUCUACUGGAAACGGAAGCUCGACGAGCGGCGAAACCGAGAAGUAGAGGACCACAGCUCGGCAUCUAGCGUAGCGCCCUCUCUGUGGUCGGACACGUACCAGGGCGACAAGCCACCUGCCUACGAAGUCGCCGUCAACAGUUCCUGUUUCCGCUCCAAGCUGGAAGACCCGGCGCCCAGUUCGUGGCAUGCGGUGCCUUUAUCUGACAAUCAGGUUGCAGUCACCUUGCCGCCUUCCUACGAAGAAGUUACGCAACAUCAGCAACGCUUUCACGCGCGGAAUGCAGCCUGCCGAGCGUCUAUUUAAGCCUACCGAAAGACUUUACGGUGGCGUCCUGCCACGGAGGCAAAUUAAUCUCAGGUGGCGAGACUCGUUGGAACGCAACGAUAGACGUGCGAUCAACUGCUCGAGCCAGAAAAUCAAGAGACUGUAGACCAAGCUGGGUCAAGUGCAACUUUUUUUUUUAUUUGCUGCACUGAAGCGCGCGCAGACUCAGCGGCGGCGGACAAAAAGAAGGGCGGCCAAGGAGAGGGCCGCCGCGAGGACAGCA